UGAUACAUUAACGAACAUACGUAGAAGCCCAUGAGGCAGCAGCGUGCUUGUAGUUCUCGUUCCUCGACGUCUGCUUAGGAUCAUGUUGGGGGCUCAAAGAACAGUAUUUGCUCGCCCGUCCUCGUUGUCCAUCCUCCACCCUCCUCGUUCACCCUGCUCAUGGUUUAUGUUUACCCUUGCAGCAUUGCUGUAUGCAUUGCAAAAGUAACGUACUAGUGGUAAUUGCAUUACAAAUUACCUCAGCAUUACAAAUGGAGUUUGUCAUGCUGUUUUACCUUGGGAUGGAGAUUUGUAAUGCAUGAUUGCAAUUAGUACGAGUACGAUACUUUUGCACAGUAUAUGCUGGCGGUGUUGACAUUAUCAACUACAGUCGUCUCAGCGGCCCCACGAGGACCAGGAUUGGGCGCUUGUGCCACUACAGUUGGUGCCACAGCUGCAUCACGCCCGGCAGAAGGAGCCCCAGGCUGUGUAGCCACUACUCCAGCCAGCGCAAGUACCUGCUCUUCCUCUUCCUGCAGCACACCGUUGACAGGAUCAUCGUCAGUAAAAACAACUUGUUGUUCACCUCCGAAGAGCGCCAGAGUAGAGCGACGGCGGGGACAACAAUUCCGUUUGCAGCAUCAGCAGACAGGUACUAGUUCAUCUUGCGGAGUAGGAGCUGCCUCUUGUUCGUCCAGCACGACGACAAGUCCUCUGGUAGUCGUGCCUUCGCGGAAAAGCAAAUACCAUGGCGGGGGCCCUCGCUCCGCGCGAGGGAGUAGCAAAGGUGGAACAAGCUGUACAGCGAUGCUAAAUGUAGCGAACAAACGGCUGAAGCACCGGCAACCCGGGCAGCAGAACAGUGGUGCUUUUUUACCCGAAUACACAGCCAGUUCGUCCACGGACACUGAUGCCAGCUGUUCUAGCGGGCUGACGCGGAGGUUUUGCACAGGAGCACGGGCAGGAACUGCAACUGAGGAUAAAACCAUCAUCCUGAUGAAUGAACAUUACGCAGAAGGACUGCAACCAGUGCCGUUCUUGCGACAAGCAGGCACCGCGGAUGAAACUACUACACCCCGCACAGCACCAGUGCGGCUCCCGGAUUUGGGAGGUCGUGGUGUUACGGGAUUGUUCUCAAAUAACGUCGGUACAUGGACAGCGAGAACAACUUCAGAGGUACCUGAUGGAGAUGAUGAUCAUGAUGAUGAUGCCGACAUGUUGGUGAUGCCGGAGCCCGAGCCUGAUGAGGUGGUGGACCAAAUUUUUGUUCGGCCGUCUUCAAAAUCAUCUUCUUGUUCGCGAUUCUUGCAAGAAAAAAUGCCACCAGCAUGCCCCUCCACCAGCUCGUCGGCCUCUUGGCCUUCUUGGUCUACUUCGGAACAAAUGGAACAGGAAGCACUCAGGGAGAUCAACAUCGGGAAUAAAAAUAAUCAUGGCAGCUUGUUCACCUCCGUAAUUAACUACAAGAAUCAGGAGCGGCUGUUGAAGAACAAUCCGGGCUGGGAGGCGUUUUCGACCCAGCUGUCUCUCGCGAAAGCCAUGUCUGGAAGAGGACCACAGGAGUUGUUGCCCUCAGUGGUAGAAGGAGCGUCUUCAUCUACGUUUUCCCCAGCAGCUCCACAGAGAAGAAGAAGUCCUCGAGAUGGAACAGGACAGCCACAUGUAACAGUUCCCCGCAGAAGAGCUGCGCGAAGUAGAACUGCAGGUGAGAAUUCUCCUUCAAUGGUGCAACUCAGAGCAGCGGCAGGAAGCAUGAUGCGCAACGAGAGGAGCAGCAAUCAUCAGGAAAUUAUCGGAUUGAUUGCUGAGGAGGAUGAGGAAGAACCCGAGUUAGAACCGAUGGAUGAGGGCAGUAGCUUUAACAAAGCAGGAGAGGAACAAGCGCAUCUUCAUCUUGCACAACCAGCGCCAUCUUCCUUAGAAGAAAAAGCCACGUUUUUACAACCAAAUACUGCGAGAUCAUUCCCAGAAGCGGGCGAGGCCAGCGGGAGUAGAAGUGUUUCUUCCGACGUGCAGGGAAAGAACCGCGUUCCCCCCUCUCCGCGCUUUCUUCCAUCCUUGACCGCGCGGGGAAGUACGGCUGGAAGUUUAAAAAGUGGUGCAGCAACUGGAGCCACAGCGUCAACAACAGCUGGAGCAGGAGGUCGUUCGACCACGAGCAGUUCCUCUGGCAUUCACACCAGCGGCAAGAUGAACAACUACACCCCCGGUGGAGGAAGUGCAUACCCGGUGCUGCUGUCACCAUCCUCUUCUUCCGGUAGUGGGCGGCAGCAGCGCGUCUUCGCCGGAGCAGUAGGAGCACUACUAGGCGAGAACAACAACCGUUGCGAUCAUGAUCGCCCGACUGUUUUUGCCGGAAGUUGUUGUACUGCAUCUUCUUCGUCAGCUGCUACUGCCGGUGGUACUAGCGUCGAUGCCAGCAGAAGGCCACCCGGAACAUCUGGAGCUGGUCUUCUGGCCCGAACUACUGGGCUGGUCUUGGGCGAUACAGCAGACAAAUCUGCUGGGGGAGGUAGCGAACGAGGACCCUCUGGUGCAGCAAGCAGGACCACGCCACCACCAGGUCCUCGCGAACAAACUACACAACAAGAUCCGGCAAAUACUUAUAGCCAGCAGCCCUACGUCAGCACUGGUACUGCCUCGGAACUCCACGACCGCAUGCUGCAGCAACUUGAUCUGAUCGAGAUCCCCUGGGUAAGACAGACUGCGCAGAACAAUGACGGUCUAGCACAACAACUUUCGCCGAUGCUUAAUAUUAAUAACUCGGGCAGCUACUCGAGAACAAUCCCGACGUCGGUCGACGGAAGUGCUCUGCAGUACCUUGCGAUGGACGAUGCGCGAGUAAGCCGCGUCUUGGGAGGCUGAUGCGAGGACGAAAAGCGAAUCGGAGGCACUGCAUGUGCACUGAUGUGUAGAAGUCUUGUUCUACAUCUUGAUCUCUGUUCAUGCGCCGUUUUCCUAUGAAAUAUCCGUUGAAAUUUUAAAAGUUACUUACGCUAUUGCUGCCUUUUGUACGAAAGCGAAACACAAACUCAACGAAAGUACAAAAGUAUUUUACUACGAUAAAAUGUACACCUACACGAUUUCGAUUUACAGAAUGAUUUUACCUUUUGCGAAACCUGAAACAAAACCAUUCACUUCCGAAGAGAAAACGAUGACUCGUUAGGCACGUGCAGUUGCGCUGCUUUUCCAUUUUCUUUUUUUGCUGUCGUAGUUACAUCCAGAAGCAUACUGAGACUUCUUCCUUUUGCAACUGUACUUGCUACACAUCAACAAGCAACAGCCUUGAUCAUAUCACGAGCUUUUGAUUAUUCCGGAGGCUACUAAAGUUUUUAAAAUACUUGUAUGAAUUUUUGCGAUGCUGAGGAGUGCCUCAAGCUAAAAUGAAAAUGAUUGAGGUUCUACUAUCUUUAUCUGAUGCCUUCGACAAUCGAAGGCAUUCUCACUGCAUUUUGUUGAAACGUAAAAACUAUUGCACUAGGUGUAUGUCAAUGUCUUACAAAAACUCUGUCGACCUGCUACUGCUUCCUCUGCAGUCUUUCGUACGAUGUGAUGUAUUAAGCACACAACUUGGAGGACGAUGUCGUAAGUACAUCUACAUUGAUACCACAACGAAGAGAAUAAUUUUUUAAAAGGAAGUUUCAUUUUGCACAAAUAAUUCAUGAACACAAAGGAUCAUACGUCCGACUCCGACCACUGCAGACGUCAG